AUGGGUUCCCCCUGGAUAUUUUCCAUGGAUACGAAGAAGUACGAUUACAUCGUGCUUGGUGGUGGCAGCGGUGGCAGCGGAAGCGCUCGACGCGCUGCAGGUUUGUUUGGCGCAAAGACUCUAAUCAUAGAGAGCGGGCGCUCUGGGGGCACUUGUGUGAAUGUGGGAUGCGUUCCUAAAAAGAUGACAUGGAAUUUUGCGCUUAUCAACGAAAUGAUGGACGCCGGAAGACAUUAUGGAUACGACAUUCCCGAAAAUGUCUCUAUUGACUAUAACCACUUCAAAAGAAGUCGAGAUGCAGUUGUCAAGCGGCUAAAUGGUACCUACGAAAACAACUGGACGAAAGAAAAUAUCGACCUUGUGCAAGGUCGGGCCACCUUUAUUACUUCGCAGACAGUUGAAGUCACUCUCCAAAACAAUCACCACAAAGUACAGUGCACAGCACCACAUAUCUUUAUUGCCACAGGAGGAAGACCAAAUAUUCCAGAGAUACCUGGUGCUCAGUACGGCACCACUAGUGAUGGAUUUUUUGAACUAGAGGAACUUUCCCCAAAAAUCGCAGUAGUAGGAGCGGGCUACAUUGCUGUUGAGUUAGCAGGAGUCAUGGCAGCCGUUAAUGUCGAGACACACAUGUUCAUCCGUGGUGACACUUUCUUGAGGAAUUUUGAUCCCAUGAUCCAGGCCACAAUGACAAGCCGCUAUGAAGCUGCCGGUGUUGUCAUCCAUCGGGGACAUCAAGGGUUCAGAGAAGUGCAAUUACUCCAGGACGGAAAAGGCCGAAAUAAGUUGUUGAAGCUGAUUGGCCACGAUGGCUCUGAAAUGAUUGUCAAUGAGUUACUGUGGGCUGUCGGCCGUAGCCCGGAGAUCGAAGACCUGCAACUCGGGAGAGCCGGAGUGGAGCUUAACAAAACUGGUCACAUUAAGGUGGAUGAAUAUCAGAACACUUCAGCAGCAGGGGUUUAUGCUCUUGGAGACGUGACCGGACAAGCUGAUCUGACCCCAGUUGCCAUUUCGGCAGGUCGCCAACUAAGUAGCCGCAUUUUUGGUUCUCCGGAAUUUGCAUCUGCCAAAUUGUCUUACGAAAACAUCCCAACCGUCGUUUUUGCACACCCUGAAGUUGGGUCGAUCGGAUUAACGGAGCCUCUGGCUCGCCAACGUUACGGAAAGGAGCAGAUCAAAGUUUACCAUACGAAGUUCACGGCCAUGUUUUACGAUGUUAUGGCACAGGAUGACAAGAAAAAAAAUCCGACAGAAAUUAAGCUUAUAUGUGCUGGCCCUGAAGAAAGUGUUGUCGGUAUGCAUAUCCUAGGACUUGGGGUUGCUGAGAUGCUCCAAGGGUUCGGUGUGGCCGUCAAAAUGGGGGCUACCAAAAAAGAUUUUGACAACUGUGUAGCCAUUCAUCCCACUAGUGCGGAAGAAUUGGUGACUCUACGUUAG